CGGGCAAAACCUCGCCAGGCCUCGCCUGAUAUUAGGGCUUGGCGCUGUGGAAAGCGGGGCUCAAAUUGGAGAGGUUGACAUCAAGUUUGGGGGCGAAACGUGCGGCUGGGCAGGGGCGCCGAUGAGGGUCUCGGCCGAACUCGCACAGACUUCUGCAGCGGAGUGAACUCUUUCUGAACCCUGGUCAGCCUUUGCAUUCACUCCAUCAUGCCGAUGUGUAAUUAUAUCACAUUCUAAAAACUCAGCGGGCUCCUCGAGGCCCGAAUACGGUCAAGCGGGGCCGCUGCAACCAAAAUGUUAAACUUUUUCAUCGCCAUACCUAUGUACCUGCUGUCCCAGCACCACCUUGUGCAGCAGCCAGUGCAAGUGCCCUUCCCGCCCCCGCCUCUUCCCGCCACGCCAACACUCCCCACCGCACCAGCUGCUGCCAUUCCUAGCAGAGCUUCUGGUCGGCUACUGUUGCAGUCUGGAGGUUUUGACGCAGCUUCACCACCCACGAAUAUGACGGUGACGUACCAGUGCCUGUGGAGCCCUGACGGCGUUAGCUCGCUCUGCAAGCAGACCGAGCAGGUGUUCUUCAUCACCAUAAUCAGCGCCAUCCUGGUGUUCACGGCCUGGAUGGCGGGUCCGCUGACGGCGCUAACGCAGGAGGAGGGGCCACUUCGACCGCUGAUGCUCUGCAUCACGGUCGCGACAGUUGCGUGCGGCGCAAUCCUAGACCUCAUCAUCACCAUCGUCGUAGGUGAGGCGCGUGGCGUGGCGGUGGCGUGGAGCGCGGCGUAUCGGAUGUGGGACGCGUUUGCGUCCGUGGACGCGGCGGAGCUGCCAGGCAGCUGGUACCGCAACGAGGUGCACGGCCUCACAGUCACGGUGGCGGUGGUGUCGGGCCUGAGCAUCCCGCUCAACCCCUCGCUGCUCAUGCUGUUCACGCGCGCCGUGGAGCGCUACGUGGACCGCCGCUGGCCGAGCCGCAUCCCCCACGACGACCUCAGCAGGGGCGGCAGGAGCGCCCAGGAGGUUCUGCAGGAGGAGCAGGCGAAGCGGCGGCUGCGGCUGCAGGCGCUGGGGGCGGCCUCGGCGCCUGUGGGCGCUGCGCGCGCGGCUACGGAGGGGGCCGCGAUCCGGAAAUCGGGGUCAGGGCACGGAGGAGCGGGGGCGGGGGCGGGGCCCGCGAAUCGGAGCAACCGCAGCGUGUCACGGGGGCAGGCAUACCAGAUAUGAGGAGCAGGGGAACGUGUGGGGUUUGUGUUUGUGUGUGUGUGCGUGGUGGUGUUUGCGCACACUGGCAGCUUGGCAGGGGACGAAAGGUUGCGGUGUGUUGCAGGAGGUGACAGGAGCUGGGAGGAUGACGGCGCUGCAGGACGCAUUUGGCAAGAAUAGCAGGAUGUAGCGGGAAAGGCAACUGUGUUUGGUGCUUUGCUUACGGUACAUUCUCAUGUACGGGUGCAGACAUUACCAGUGAGGUAGGUAGGGAGCGUUGCGAAUUUGCGGCAUUUGGGGCUGCUGUGUUGCACAACGCCUGCCUGGAUCCAGCAGCCGCACGCGUGUGGCUGCCAUGUCUUCUGAACUGCGCGAAGCAGGCUAUUAACUCACAUACACAU